AUGCUUCACUGUUUGGAGGGUGUUCUGGAAUUCUGCAUUCUCAAACAAAGGGGAGAACAAUCCAAGAAGGAUGACUCGAAGACAUCAGCCAAGCAUAAAGUCAAAAGCGAGUUUGAGCCUACAUGCAAAGAAAAGAUUUUCUUUGAACAAACCAUUAUUGAUCAUAGUGAUGAUGAAGAACCUGAUGAGAAAGAGCUCAAAAGAAGAAAAGUGCAUGAGAAUGAAGUCGUGGACUUACCAAGUCAACAUUGGGUAGAACCAGUUGUGUCAUUUGAGCUUCAUAAUACACAAGAUUUACAACUGGAUCUUCCAAUAACUCCAAAAUCUUUCAAGUUUUGGUCUUUUGUAAAAGUAGCGAAUGUCCCAUCCACUAAUAAUGGUGUCGACCAUUUCAUCCUAUUGUUGUCUCUCAAGCAUAUGAAGCUACAGUAUAAAAUAUGGAAUGCUUGCAAGGUUACUUCAAUAAAGAUCACAGGUCCAAUCGAAACCGACAACUUCCCGAAUGUGUAG